UCCCGGCCUCGACGAGCCCCAAAUCGGGUCAGUCGCUCUUUAAACGCCUGGAAGGCUGCACCAUGUGAUGCUCCAGCUCCGGUCGGGAGCCUGCGGGAGCCGAGCGGUGCCGGGCACCGGGCACAGCGCCCCGGGCAUCCCUCCGGCCGCCCCGCAGCAUGCGCCCGGCGGCACCCUGCGGGUGAGGAGCUGCUGCCGUGCCGGGGUCAGGGCACCCCGAAACCAGCCCUCUGCUUGCGGCACAAGGUGAGGUGACCGAGGACCCCAGCGCGGGGGGCCCGCAGCACCAUGGCGCAUCCCGUCUCAGCCUUCCAGGCUGCCUACAUCUCCAUCGAGGUCCUCAUCGCUUUGGUGUCAGUGCCGGGGAAUAUCCUGGUCAUUUGGGCGGUGAAGAUGAACCAGGCGCUGCGGGAUGCCACUUUCUGCUUCAUCGUCUCGCUGGCGGUGGCCGACGUGGCCGUGGGGGCUCUGGUCAUCCCCCUGGCCAUCAUCAUCAACAUCGGACCACAGACGGAGUUUUACAGCUGCCUCAUGGUGGCCUGUCCCGUCCUCAUCCUCACUGAGAGCUCCAUCCUGGCGCUCCUGGCCAUCGCCGUGGAUCGAUACCUGCGGGUGAAGAUCCCUGUCAGGUAUAAGAGCGUGGUGACACCUCGGCGGGCGGCUGUAGCCAUCGCUGGCUGUUGGAUCGUCUCCUUUCUGGUGGGACUCACCCCUAUGUUCGGCUGGAACAACCUGAACAAGAUGCGGAGGACUCAGGAGCUGAACGGCAGCCAUACACAGUUUGUCAUCAAGUGCCAGUUUGAGACCGUCAUCAGCAUGGAGUACAUGGUGUACUUCAACUUCUUCGUCUGGGUCCUGCCUCCCCUGGUGCUGAUGCUGCUCAUCUACCUGGAAGUCUUCAACCUCAUCCGCAAGCAACUCAACAAGAAAGUCUCCUCCAGCUCCAACGACCCCCAGAAGUAUUAUGGGAAGGAGCUGAAGAUCGCCAAGUCAUUAGCACUGGUCCUCUUCCUCUUUGCCCUCAGCUGGCUCCCUCUGCACAUCCUCAACUGCAUCACCUUGUUCUGCCCAUCCUGCGAGACACCGCACAUCCUCACCUACAUCGCCAUCUUCCUCACCCAUGGCAAUUCAGCCAUGAACCCCAUCGUCUAUGCCUUCAGGAUCAAGAAGUUCCGGACAGCCUUCCUGCAGAUCUGGAACCAGUACUUCUGCUGCAAGACCAACAAGAACGUCAGCACCACCACUGCCGAGCCGGGCAACUGAAGCUGGGAGAGAGCAGAGAGGGGUCCCCUAUGGCCAAGCCUGGUCCCUGCUGUCAGGGGAAGGGGUAGUGAGGACCUGGGAGGGCUGCAUUCACCAGCCCCAUGUCCCCCUGCUGCCCAAGGGGGGGUUAUUUAUUCACUGGUUUGAUAUCAUAGCCUGCACUGUUCCUCGCCUUUCUUUUUUGUUCUCUUUGGUUUUGUUUUUCAGGGUUUUGUUGUUUUGAUUUUUAACGGUUGCCAAGUAUUUAAGGAGAAAUUGUACAGACAAAGGCACAGUUUAUCUUCAUGCAAAUAAAGUA